AUGAAAGAACUGUCCCAACCUAGCAGUAUUGUGUUUGAUGCAGCCAAGGUGAUAGAAGAAUAUGGCGUCAAGUUGACUGAAGAGGACGUGAAAUCAAAAAAGGAAAGCUUGCCUGCAAUAGUGUAUAUUGCAGGUUACUGCGCCCACGCCGCUCUCAGGAAAAUUCUCUGUGAAGAUUGUGCGGCCAACAUCACGAGACAAGAUAGGUAUAUACCAAUGGUUGAUGAUAUGCUAAUCGAAGGCCUCACAAGAGGGGCCCUGAAAUUUCUCCAACCAGUAGUAAUAAGUGCUGUUCUGCACACACAAGUCGUGCUUACAAAGCUGACCUCGAAAGAGAACACCGCCCGGUUUCAUGCAGCACGGCACCAAAGGCAGCUUCUUCUCAGUGUGGUGAAGCACCUUUUAAUUGACAAUGAAGAUUUGGACAUUUGUUGCAAAGGACACCAUCCAGAAACAGUGCUUCACAACAUCUUGUGGGCAGCCACCAACACCUUACUGAAAAACUACGUCCAAAUGAAAACCGACUAG